CUAAAUCGACCGAGGUGAGAUGCUUACAAUUUUUUUUGUGUUUUACAUUACUCAACCCCAUCUUUUGCAGCCGUACCAAUAAGCUGUUGGUAGGAUUCCAGGCUCCUCGGAACUUAUCCUAUCCAUUCAGUGCCUUAAAACUGGGCUCUGCCAUACAGAUUGCCAUAGAUAAAAUUAACUCUAACCCAUCCUUUGUUGAAAAUUAUACUCUUGACUUUGUGUAUGUGGACACUGACUGUAAAGCAAAACUUUCACUUGGAGCAUUCAUUGACCAAAUUUGGAAGGGAAAUAUAUCAGCGCUCUUUGGACCACCUUGUCCUGAGGAGGCAGAGGUCACUGGACUUCUUGCAUCCACCUGGAAUAUCCCAAUGUUUGCCUUUGUUGGUCAAACAAGCAAAAUGGAUAAUAGUCUUAUUUAUGACACAUAUAUAAAAAUUGUUCCUCCACUUAAAAGAGUGGGACAAGUUUUGCUCAAGAUACUAGAGUACUUCGAGUGGAAGAAUGUUGGUAUAAUUGGAGGCGGUGCAGACACAAACACGUGGGACAAAGUGGAUGGACUUUUUAAAUCUGUGGAACAGCAACUCCAAGGCAAAGUAACGGUGACAAGCAGCAUCAAGUUUAAUAUUGGUGAUCAGGAACUCACUCAUAAGAAUGUGAAGCAUAUCUCCAAAGUUGCAAGAGUUAUUAUAGUAUUAGCUAAUGCUGAAGACUCCACUAAGCUGGUGAUGGAGGCUGACAAACAGGGCUUGAUGAGUGGAGAGUAUGUUUUUCUUCUGAUUCAACAGUUUGAGGUCAGUGGCAAUGUGGAUAACCUGCUAAAAACUGCAAUGAGUGGCAACAGUCAAAGGGCACUAAAAGCAUUUGAUAUGGUGUUUGUCCUUGCUGAGAAAUCUUACGAAGGAUAUGAUUAUUACGACUUCUUCGAACGUGUACAUGAGAGGUUGAAAGGGGCCCCUUUUUACAGCAAUCUUUCUUCAGACAGAGAAGUAAGCCCUUAUUCAUGCUACCUACAUGAUGCUGUCCUGCUUUAUGCCAUGGCCCUUAAAGAGGCUCUCAAAGAUGGCAAAGAUCUACAUAAUGGGCGAGAUGUUCUUCAGAAGCUCAAAGAUAAGAACGACAUUAGGUUUUAUGGAGCCUCAGGUUUUGUACACUUUGAUGAAUAUGGAGAGAGGAACACAGACUAUUCUUUAUAUGACUUGCAACUACAUGAAGGCGUUGUAAAAUUUGUCCCCAUUCUAACCUUUGACAGUCAUACAAAAAUAAUAAAGACCACAUCAAGGUUUUCUUCAGUGAUCUGGCCUUUAGGGAAAAUGCCAACAGAUAACCCAGAAUGUGGUUUUGACAAUGAACUCUGUGAAUGGCUAAACAGUGAAAUCUAUCUGGUGUCAUUAUUGGUGGCUAUGCCACUGCUUGGAGUGCUAGCAGUGGUCCUGAUUACAUUCCUUACCCUGCAGAAGACCCGCCUGCAGACAAAACUAGAGGACUCCAACUGGUGGCUUCUUAACUACAGUGAAAUAACUAUUCUCUCAGAACCUAAGGGAGGACAGGCGUUAUCUUUAAAUACAACUCCUAGUAAAAGUGGAAGUGGUGGCUCACAGACCAUGAUCUCUGCUAACAGCUUUGGUUUGAGGGACAAGAAUGGCAGGGAGACCAUCUAUGCAACAGUCGGACUGUACCAGGGAAAUCAUGUGAGCAUCAAAUACUUAGACAAUCAACUUCUGCGUGACGUCAAGAAGCCGUCUAUUAUUGCUGAGUUCAGUGUGAUGAAAGAACUUAAACAUGAAAACUUGGUGCAGUUUUUUGGAGUUUGUAAUGAACCCCCUAAUGUCUGCAUAGUCAUGCAAUACUGCAAAAAAGGCAGUUUAAAGGACAUUAUCAGAAACAAUGAAAUUGACUUAGACUGGAUGUUUAAACUAUCCUUUGCCUAUGACAUUGUCAAUGGUAUGGAGUAUCUACACAGGAGCAGUCUGAAGUCUCAUGGAAAUUUGAAGCCAACCACGUGCCUAGUAGACAGCCGACUGCAGGUCAAAAUUUCAGGCUUUGGAUUGUGGGAAUUUAAACACGGCACCAAACACAGACUUAUUCCACUUGAGAACCCAAAAUAUGAAGAGUUAUACUGGAAUGCUCCAGAGCUUCUGAGAGAAGCGCACCUUCCAUUCAAUGGUACUCAAAAAGCAGAUGUGUUUAGCUUCGCAAUAAUCAUGCGAGAAUUAAUCUACAGCACAGAAGAGGGACCCUACCAUGAUAUACAGUUGGAGCCAAAAGAAAUCAUCAAGCAGCUAAGGGCACCUCUAGCAGGCGAUCCACUCAGACCUACUCUGUCUGCCCAGAUGUGUGACGAAGCUUUAAUAACUCUUCUGAAUGCAUGUUGGAGUGAGAAUCCUGACAAAAGGCCCCCUUUUACCUCUAUUAGAAGAAGCCUGCGAAAUAUCAGCCCAGACAGCCAUGCUAAUAUAUUGGACAAUAUGGUAAACAAGCUGGAGAAAUAUGCUAAUCACCUAGAGGAAGUGGUGGAGGAGAGGACUAAUCAGCUCACUGCAGAAAGGAACAGAGCUGAUAAACUUCUCUCUAGUAUGCUCCCCAGAUACAUAGCUGAUCAGUUAAUGUCAGGAAAGCCAGUGGAGCCCAUGAGUUAUGACCUAGUGACUAUUUUCUUCUCGGACAUUGUGGGCUUCACCACUAUGUGUUCAGUCAGCUCAGCCCUAGAAGUUGUGACACUUCUCAAUGACCUCUACAGCCUGUUUGAUGAUAUCAUCAAACUCUAUGAUGUAUAUAAGGUGGAAACUAUAGGAGAUGCGUAUAUGGUAGCAAGUGGGCUGCCUAUAAGUAAUGGCACCAGGCAUGCUGAAGAAAUAUCUAUAAUGGCCCUUCAUUUCCUCAGUGCCAUUAAAAGAUUCACAAUCAGACAUUUGCCCAAUGAGAAGCUAUCUUUACGGAUUGGGAUCAACUCUGGCCCAGUGGUUGCUGGUGUUGUGGGAACAACAAUGCCUCGAUAUUGUUUGUUUGGAGACACAGUGAAUACUGCGUCUAGGAUGGAGAGCAACAGUAUCCCACUGAAGAUUCAUAUCUCCCAAAGUACUGCUGAAAUCCUAAUGAAGAUUGGCUCUUAUGAGCUUGAGGAGAGAGGAGACAUUGAGCUUAAGGGAAAGGGGUUGCAGAAGACUUUCUGGUUACACAAUAAGGUGGAUCUGAAGUUUCCGGUCACACCGCAGCACUAUGAUGUAAAACCAGGUCCGGAACCAGAGGUGACAUAUAAACCAAACAUCAACAUUGAUAUGGAGAGUACAGAAAAAGAAAGAACACAAAGAAUGCAUGCCGAUAAAAUACCUGGUGCUUACACACUGACUGUUCCUGAUAUCUAGAGACUGGUCUUGAAAACUACCUCUGUUUUCAACUCGUUGGAUUAUAACAGCACUACUUUAUGACAUGAAAAAGUAAACAUAAGAAGCACUGUUAAACAAAUGCCUUUAUAGGUUAUUUCUAAUCAAACCAAAACAAAGUGUGGAUUUUUGUUUUUGUUUUAGUAAGAUGUCACAUCUUGAUUUUAUUGUAACGUUUCACAUGAAAGAAAAUUAAAGAAAAAUUCAAGAUGCAA